AUGGCUUCGCAAGACAUCCGCACGAGCUCGCUCAAGAAGCCCAUCACCAUCACUGAAUACCUCUUUGCUCGCCUGAAGCAAUGUGGCGUUAGCUCCGUUCAUGGUCUUCCUGGUGACUACAACCUGGUCGCCCUCGACUACCUGGAGAAGGCUGGCCUCAAAUGGGUCGGCAACUGCAACGAGCUCAACGCCGGUUACGCUGCCGAUGGUUACGCCAGAAUCAAGGGCUUGUCCGCCCUCGUCACCACCUUCGGUGUUGGUGAGCUCUCAGCCAUCAACGCUAUUGCCGGUGCCUACUCCGAAUACGUCCCCAUUGUUCACAUCGUCGGCACUCCAGCAACAUCAGCACAGAAAGACGGCCUCCUGCUCCACCACACUCUCGGCAACGGCAACUACGAUGUCUUCAUUGACAUGUUCCGCCCGGUCUCCUGCGCCGUCGCCAAUCUCAAGGACCCCAACACGGCCGCUGACGAGAUCGACCACGUUAUCCGCGAAUGUUACAUCCAAUCCCGUCCCGUCUACAUUGGUCUGCCCUGCGAUAUUGUCGAGGACAUGAUCGAGGGCGAGAGACUUGCUCAGCCCAUCGACCUUUCGUACCCCGCCAACCCCGAAGAGCAGGAAGACUACGUCGUGGAUGUUGUCCUGAAGUACCUGCACGCAGCCAAGAACCCUGUUAUCCUGGUUGAUGGUUGUGCCAUCCGUCACCGUGCCCAGAAGGAGACUCACGACCUGGUCGUCAAGUCUGGCCUCCCCACAUUCGUCGCUCCUCUCGGCAAGGGUUGUGUUGACGAGACUCUUCCCAACUAUGGCGGCGUGUACGCCGGAGAUGGCUCCAACGAGGGCGUCCGCGACCGUGUCGAGAGUUCAGAUCUCGUCAUCAGCAUUGGUGCCAUCAAGUCCGACUUCAACACUGCAGGCUUCACCUUCCGCCAAAGUCAACUGAAGACCAUCGACUUCCACUCAAACUACAUCCAGGUUCGCUACUCACAGUACCCCGGUGUUCGCAUGAACGGUGUCCUCCGUAAGGUCGUCGACAAGAUGGGCAAGCUCAAUGUCGAGGCUGGACCCAGGCCCACAAACCGCACAAGCAGCCAAGAGAACACCCAAGUCAUCACACAGAAGUACUUCUGGCCUCGUCUUGGCCAAUGGCUCCGCGAGAACGACAUUGUCCUUACUGAGACCGGUACCGCCAACUUUGGUAUCUGGGAGACUCGCUUCCCUGCUAAGGUCCAGCUCAUCUCUCAGGUCCUAUGGGGCUCCAUCGGUUACGCGACUGGUUCUGCCCAGGGUGCCGCUCUGGCCGCCAAGGAGCUCGACGAGGAGAAGGGCGAGAAACAUCGCACCAUCCUGCUCACAGGUGACGGUUCCUUCCAGUUGACCGCUCAAGAGGUCUCGACCAUGAUCCGCCGCAAGCUGAAGCCCAUCAUCUUCCUCAUCCAGAACGACGGUUACACCAUUGAGCGUAUGAUUCACGGCAUGAAGGCCGAGUACAACGACGUUCAAACGUGGAACUACAAGGACCUGGUCCCCGCCUUUGGCGCGAAGGAGGGCGAGUACAAGACCUACACCGUCAAGACACGCGAGGAGCUGGACGAGCUCAUGGCCGACGACAACUUCAACGCCGCUCCUUACCUUCAAUUCGUCGAGAUGUACAUGCCCAAGGAGGAUGCUCCCGAGGCACUCAAGCUCACUGCUUCGGCAGCCGAGCGCAGAAAUGCAAAGGUCCAGGCCUAA